ACACAGGCAGAGGGAGAAGCAGGCCACCUGCAGGGAGCCCGAUGUGGGACUCGAUCCUGGGACUCCAGGGUCACGCCCUGGGCCGAAGGCAGACGCUGCACCGCUGAGCCCCCCAGGUGCCCUCUGUGUCCUGUGUUUGACGCCCCCCUCCACCGCCCUGGGCCCCAGGCUCCACAGAACAACCCCACGACACGGGCAUGAUGGGCCCUACUUUAUGGAAGAGCAAACAGCAGUUCGAGGGCCCGGCGAGUUGCCCAGGGGUGCCGGCUCCUGCCCCCCGGAGCCAGGCUGGGAAGCCCCGCCUGACUCUGCCGCCGCGGGAGGGUGCUGCCGUGGGCCUCUCAGCCCGGCCACCCUGGGGGCUUGCCACCCCGUCCGCGGGCCGCUGGACCUUUACGCAGGACUAAUGCAAACGGAUUGCCUAGGAGGUGGGCCUGUCCCGCUCCCUUCAGCCCUGGGCCCUGUGUGGCAAGUGCGGGGCUGGGUCCUGCCCUCGGGCCCCGGCCUGCCCUUGGCCUGCCCUUGGCCUGCCCUUGGCCUGCCCUUCUGGCUCAGCCUCCUGCUUGCGCCGCCCUUCCCUUGCUCUUCCAGGCCCUGCGGCGCAGUGCACACCUGCGGCUCCCGAGCUGUGUGACUCGCGGGGCCUCUUACCCUCCGGAGUGUCCAUUUCCUCCCCGUAAGAAGAGGGUCAGAAUAAACGCUCCGUCCUGGGGUGACAAGAGGACGAUCCCGCGGUCCACGAGGGGGGUGGCGUUGCGUUUUUAUUAGACCCGAGAGCCGUUCAGACGCCUGCACCGAGCGCCGUGUAUCUGAGCAUCGCCGUGUGGGCCGCGGGAUGUCCCGCCGCCUCGGGGUUAAGAGCGUCGGUGCGCGCGCGCACACACACACACACGCACGCACAUGCACGCACACACAUGCAUGUUCGGUCGGGGCAGUGCAGACGCAGCGGUCCUGGUCGGGGGCGGGAGCUGUGUCGUUAGGGUGGUGCAGGAAGCCUGAGCCACGUGGGGACCCAUGGUCAGUGCGUGGACACGCGGUGCCUGCGGGACCGUGUCUGUGCACAGGAGACACCGCACUGGGACAUGGGGAGGACAGGGUGGCCUCUGUUGCACAGAGAACGAACCCAGUGCACAGACACCCAGGGCUGCGGCCCCCGGACCGGACCCCAGGCGUCCAGGGCAGCACCCCACGACCCCGGCUGCCCUGGCUCCCCCCGCCCCCAGUCUCCUGGGGAACAGCCGGGCAGCCCCCAGGCCGAGCACUGUGUGAAGAGUCCUGAGCCCCCGGCUCUGCUCUUGCCCAGGCGCGUUGUCAGAGCCCAGUGCCUCCCUCCCCCGGUCUCAGGCGGUACCUGGGGAUCCCUGGUGUCCCCCCCGGUUACCAGAAACCUCUAGAGCAGCCAGGCACGCGGCUCUUUGUGCUGAGACAAGUCGGGGGGCCCUCGUGGGUCGGGAGGGGCUGACCCACGUGGCUCGGUUUCUGCUGGGAGCUCUCCCAGACGUCGGGCCUCUGCAGGCCUGCGUGGCUGUGCCCUCCCUCCUCUUACAAAGAUGGGGACACCUGGGGAGAGGAGACGUAGUGUUCUGGGGCUUUCUCCUCCCGAGGGCUGAGACACGAUCCAAAGCUGCCAAGUUUCUUAACUAUAAAAUGAAAGUGAUGUCACGUGGAGGGCACCCCGCGUCCCAGUUCCGGGUCGCUCUCUUCCCAAGACAGACGGCAGAGGUUUGGGCUUCGGGCAGGGGCCCACUGCGUAUUCCAGGUCUUUCUAGCUCUUGGCAAAGUCUUUGUCUCGCAGGUGACACCGCGAUUGCCCCCGGCAGCUCGCGUCCCCGCCGGCUUGUGGGUCUCAGCCCUUCACCCUCCCUUCGUCACGCAGGCGCCGCGGGGCCCAGAAGCGCCCCGUGCUGGAGCCCCGCCGUGUGCGCGGUCUGGAGAUUUUGUUUAUUUGAUGGAGAGGGAGAGAGCACAGGCAGAGGGAGAGGGAGGCACAGACGCCCCAGUGACCUGGGAGCGGACACGGGCUCCGGCCGGACCCUGGGAUCGUGACCCGACCCCUUAAUCAGCUGAGCCCCCAGGUGCCCCGCGAAGUCUCUUCUUGACGCCCGCCUCGCUCACCGGCCUCGUAACCUCCCCGCACCCCCCCUUGUACAGGAGGCUCCUCUUCCUUUACUAGAAUCUCCCUCGGAAAGACGGUCUCAUUGGGGCAGCUGCUGGUGGCUUAGCACCGCCUUCAGCCCAGGGUGUGAUCCUGGGGUCCCGGGAUCGAGUCCCACGUCGGGCUCCUGCACGGAGCCUGCUUCUCCCUCUGCCUGUGUCUCUGCCUCUCUCUCUCUGCAUCUCUCUGUAUCUGUCAUGGAUAAAUAAAUAAAAUCUUUAAAAAAAAACAAAAAAGAAAAAAAAAAGACGGUCUCGUUGGACCCCUCGCUCUGCGGUGAUGAUCUACUCAGCAGGUGUCUCCCGCCACAUGAGGUUCUGGGAGGGCCGCCCAGCCCCACGUGUGCCCCGCUCGCCGCUGGGUCCCCAGGCAGGUGCCAAGCAGAUGCCAGGGGCGCCGGCCGACAGUCCAGAUGUCUGAGACACGUAGCCCCAUUUGGUCACGUCUCGUAAGCCUCUCGGGAGGACACCCUGGCACCUCAGCCUCCUCUGCCUCGGUGUCCCCAUUUUGUAAUGCAAGGAGCACACUGGGCCCCCAGAGGCCUGGCGGUCAGGGGCCGCGGCCUCCUCCCCUGCACAUGGCUCCUCCGCUCCCCGCACAGGAUGGAGGGUGUGCGGCCCUCAGGACAUGCCCGGAGCGCCACCCCGGCCCCCCGGGUGGACAGAGCGGCUUCCCCAGAGGCGGGCGCUGGGCCCCGGGGUGCAGCUGGACGUCCCGGCCGUCUGACCCGAUUCCACCUCCCCCGCCUGCGGAGAGUGUGCGCGGUCGCCACCGGCUCAGGCAGCUCCCCUGGACCCUGGGAGCCUGGGCCACACUCGCCGCUGACCCCUAGGCCCACCACCCGCCGUCCGGGGAGCCCGGGGCAGCCUCAGCUUCCUGAGUCUGGUUUUCCCGUCCAUAGAAGGGGAGCGAUCGUGGCAUCUGUUCCAAAGGCUCGCGUGAGGGCUGGGCGCCGCUGGGUGCGCAGCAAGCGGGGCUCUUCUCGCAGGGCUCUUCCCUCCACGGCCACGGCUCCUUCCAGCACGUGCCCUUCUGCCCUUUGCGGGGUCCAGAAGCCUGGGCUGUUCCCUGCAUGGCCUCGCCCUGUGUGCCCCCUCCUGGGCUCUCGGCAUCCCCCCCAGCCCGACCCCCCAAUCCCCUGAGUGACUCCUCCAAGGCCCCCCUCUACCACGGGGACCCCGAGGAAGCCCCCGUGGGGGUCCGGGGGCCCUGGCCCCCUGCUGGUCCAGGUCUGCUCUCUGCCCCCUUGCCCGGGCUCUGGCUCCUGCCUCCCCGUCUGUGCUCCCACCUGUGGCUCUCGCACACCUUGCCCCUCCCCUUUGCCAGGCUGGGCCCUGCUUGUCCCUUGGCACCCAGCGCCCUCCUCCUGAAGCUCCGCCCGCCGCCGGCAGCACCCUGCCCUCCCCAUGGCAUCUGCACCUCCUCCUCCACUUCCAAGCGGGGCCCUUGCCCUCACCAGCAGUGGAGACAAGUUCCACGAAGACGGGCUGUUAUUUUAAACACAUCCGGGACAGGUGAAAGGGACGGGAUAGCGCAGAAAUCUAGAAAAAAGUCGGGGGUUGUGUUUUGUUUCCUUAAACCGCAGCAAGUUACUUCCUUGCACAAAGCCCUCGGUGGCUUCCCUCCAUGCACUUCAGAUAAAAUCCAUGCUCCGCUGAGGCCCCAAGGCCUGCUCCUCCCGGGCCCCCCGCCGCCCUCCCCUGGCUCUUCCCCCGGCCCCCCGGUGCUCUCCUGCUCCUUGCACGCAGGUGGCCCCCCACCGUACCCCAGCUCUGCUGUGCCAAGAAAGCAGCCUCGGUGGAUGGAGUCCCAUGCACCCCCCCACCCCAGCCAUUCCCGGUCCAGGCGUCCGCUGACGCCAGAGCCGAUUGCCAGGUGCCCCCGAGGAGCCCCCCCCACCCCGCCUCUGGGAGCAGGAGGGGCUGUGGGCAUCUGCUGCUCCAGGGCACGCGGCAGCCCGGGCCUGGCCUCGCUCCUCGUCCUUCACCUGAGCCUGGUUCGCUCAGUGUGGCUGGUGGGUUUUUGUAUUUCAACAGGUGUUUGCAAAGCUUGUUAGGCCCUAUGCAGGGGCUUCCUGUGUUUCCUGGCUCCACAAGCCCCCCUCCCCGCCUCCCUGCCUCCCCGCCCCGGGGGGCGUCUCACUCAGUUCUCUCCUUCC